AUGCUGAUAGAUACGGCGUCUCACUCGCACACGCACUCUCUCCCUCACUCUCACUCCCACUCUCUCGAGCACACCAACGGCGCCCCCACCCGCGGCAAUCGCCCGUGGCGCACCUCGCCGCUCCGCAACGCGGAACACGAUGCGGCCACCGCUAACCUCGCGGCACAGCGCCGCCAGUCGCGGCUCGACUUCCAAACGGAGCGCGUCGGCUCGCCAGCGGAGCGGAGCGUGGAAGGCGGGUCGCUAAACCAGCGCAUGAUGGAGGGGCGCGGCGACGCCAUGGACCACUCGAGCGAGCCGCGCCUCGACACCUCCGGCAGCUGCUCGUCGCCGUCGUCCCUCGACGUGCUCCCCGUGUCGCCCCUCCCCGCGUCGGCCAUCCCCGUGUCGCCCUUCGACGUGCUCGAUCUGCCCGUGCCGGACGGCGGGGAGCGGCCCGACGGGGACGGCAUGAGCAGGAGCGGGGCUGAUGGGGGACGGGGAACGGCGGAAGGGGAACCGCUGCCGGGCGGCAAGCCGCUGUUCGGGCAGCGGCGGUUGCGCGCGCGGCUGUGGCGGUCCGCGAGAGAGCUGCGCGAGGACGACCCGGGCGACGACGUGGCACUCGCCUUCGCGUUCGACACGCCACCCGCGGCCGCGCCACUCAAGGCGCGCUCGCCCUUCCAAUGGGUGAUGAAAAGCGCAUCUGGCGUGUUCGCGUCACGCGGUGGGGACGACGGCAGCAGCAGCGGCAGCAGCGACAGCGGCGGCAGCGUGCGCAGGACGCCAGGGAAGGAGGGGGCGGCGCGGGCGGCGCUAGAGGAGUAUAUGAACGUGCCCAUGCAGCUUAGACCAGGGCGCUCCGGCGAGAGCGAGCCGCCCAACGCGGAGCAGAUGGGCGCGCGGCGGUGGUGGCGCGGAGGGCCGUGCGUGGUGGCGUUCAAGGCGGCGCUGGCGGCGGCGAGGCGCGUGCGCAUCCCCAUCGUGCACCCGUACUCGCGGUUCCGGCGCGACGUGAACAUCAUCGUGGGCGCGUGCAUCGCCUACAACCUCUGGGAGGUGCUGUACAUGGUGGCGUUCGACCUGCGGGCCACGGGCGCGUGGCUCAUCGUCGACUCGUGCCUCUCCCUCGUCUACUUCGCUGACGUGCUGCUCGGCUUCAAAACCGGGUGCGUCACCCCCACACCACACCACACCAUGCACGCCAUGGGGGGGGGGGCACACUCGGCCCGCCACAUCGACCCGUUUACUCCCUCCUUCCAUCCACCACCCCCCUGCACCCAUGCCAUCCACGCCCUCCCCUCGCCCUCCCCUCGCCCUCCCCUCUCCCUCCCCUCGCCCUCCCCUCGCCCUCCCCUCGCCCUCCCCUCGCCCUCCCCUCGCCCUCUUCUCGCCCUCCCCUCGCCCUCACUUCCCCUGGGCGGCGCUACGGUGGGUGGGGGCGCGCAGGUACCUGACGCGGGAGAAGCACGUGAUGGGGGAGGGCGGGGUCAAGAUGCUGCUGCCACAGCAGAUCGUCAUGGACCAGGCAAGCCACACCCGCGCUCUCACCUCAGGCGCAUAGUGUGGCACUACCUGCGAACAUGGUUUGUGGUGGACGUGCUGUCGUCGCUGCCCAUCGACCUCAUCACCUCCUCCCUCGCCCAGUCCAGCGUUGGCUUCUGGCUCUCCGCCGCGUUGAGGCUGCUGAAGCUGCUGCGGCUGAGGCGGUUGGGGCAGGCGACGCAGCAGCUCAGGCAGUCCGCCCUCGCGGGGCUCUACAUGGAGAUGACCAUUCUCGUGCUGCAGAUCUGCAUGGUGUGCCACGUGGGAGCGUGUGCCUUUGCGCUCAUUGGUCGCCUCGAGUCGCCCCCCGAGACGUGGCUAGCGGCGUUCAGCUGGAGCAACGGGGGCAGCCAGGAGACGCUGGAGAGUGCACCGCACGGGGUGGUGUAUGCCGCAGCCUACUACUGGGCCAUGGUCACCUUCGCCUCUGUGGGGUACGGGGACAUCCACCCAGUGGACACGCUAGCAGAGCGGCUGUUCGCGACGGGGUACAUCCUGGUGACGUCCAUCCUGCUGGGCUACGCCAUCGGCCAGAUCUCCUCGCUCAUCUACUCCACCCGCGCCCGCCGCGAGUCCGUGCGCCAGCGCUGCAACACGCUGCACAGGUGCCACCCCCCCGCCACUGCCUUCCCCUCUCCUAUGCGCUUUCCCACUGUUUGCUCCGUGGGCUAUCAGCAUCCCCGUGACCCACCCGUGUGUGUCGGGCAGAUGGUGAGCCUCACGGGCAAGUGGCAGUCGGAGCUGUCGCAGCGCUUCCACGAGGGCGACCUCGUCGACGCCCUCUCGGACGACCUGAGGGCGGACCUCUUUGUGCACUGGUGGCAGCGCCACGUGCUCCCCAGCCCCAUGCUACCGCACAACCAUUCGUUCCUGGCGCACGUGUUUCCGUGCCUCAUUCUGCGGCGCGUGGCGCCAGCAGACGUGGUAGCGAGCGAGGGCGAGUUCACGCGGCACCUCUACAUCGUGCGCUCCGGCACCCUCGACGUCACCCGUCUCAAGGAUGCCCCCCCGCCCGCCCUCACGCUCACUCAUGCUGCUGCUCAGGUGGCGGGCUGUGAAGCUGACGUGGAUGGGCGUGCGGCGGAGGGGAAGGGCGGUGCGGAGGAGGUGCAGCUGCCAGCCGAGGUGGCGAGGGUGCUGCAGGAGCAUGCAGGGGCGCUGGCGGGCGGAAGAAGCGGGUCGCUGGGAGGGUUGCUGGGCGCAGCAGGAGCAGGAGCAGGAGCAGGGGUGGGGGGGUUGGGGGCAGGGGUGGGGGUGCAGAGGCGCGCGAUACAAAAAUCGCUGGGAGUCCCGGAGGUGGUGCCGGCAGUGGCGGGGGCGGUGGCGUACGAGAAGGAGAGUGUGGGCGAGGGGUAUGUGGCGGGCACGGAGGGGCUCAAGGCGGCGCUGGAGAUGCGGCGGGGCGAGGAGGAGUGGAGCAGCCAGCGCGUGUCAGUGAUCUGCAUGGACGCCUCCUUCCAGGCGAAGACGGAGUGCGAGGUGUACCUGCUGCUGCUGGACGACCUGUUUGAUGCCCUCGAGAGCUUCCCCGAGCUGCUCACCGCCAUGCGCACCGCCCUGGGGCUGCCCCUGGCGCCUGAUGAGUACCUGGCGCGGCCGCGCGUCAUGGCGUCACACCGCAGCUUCAAGGGGCUCAACAGGACCAAGAGCAACGCGCGCCCCACGGCCUUCAGUGCCGACAGCAGCAGCAACAAGACGCUGUCGUUUGGCAAGGGGCGCGUGCUGAGGGUUGGCAGCAGCACCAUGCUCCAAUCAUUCAAAGGAUGA